AUGGUCUCGCUGCAGUCCACCGUGGUCAGAAGCCCGUAUGAUGCUCAGACCCCAAAUAGCGGCCCCCCCCAAUCCCAUGUCUACCUGCAGAGACAGGCUGUUCUGGCCCCCUCAGACGAGGCCCCUCUCUUCGGGAUGGAGCAUCUGGAGGAACCAUUGCCACUGCGGAAAGAGCUAGAAUGUGCCUCUAUUUUCUGCUCUGUGUUGGGGGACCAGGGGUUGGACUUCCCACCUCUCAAGCCUGUUUGUCCGUCUGUCCCCUCUUCAGGAGAGCCUUGGGAACCGGAGAACUGUCAAACAGGACCUUGGAACUGCAAGGAGCUGCUCACCAGUGGCCAGACUCUCAGCGGCUGGCACACCAUCUACCUGCGUGACUGCCGGCCCCUGACUGUGCUGUGCGACAUGGACACGGAUGGCGGGGGGUGGACGGUCUUCCAGCGAAGGAGCGACGGCUCCGUGGACUUCUUUCGGGACUGGGCCGAGUAUAAGCGGGGCUUUGGCAGUCAGCUGGGAGAGUUCUGGCUGGGGAACGACAACAUCCACGCCCUGACCGCCCAGGGAACCAGUGAGCUCCGGGUCGACCUCCUGGACUUCCAGGGCAACCGCCAGUUUGCCAAGUACGGGUCAUUCAAGCUGGCGGACGAGGCAGACAAGUACAAGCUGGUCCUGGGAGCCUUCGUCGGGGGCAACGCAGGAGAUUCCCUGACAGCCCACAAUGACGGGUUCUUCUCCACCAAGGACCAAGACAACGACCGGAGUUCUUCCAACUGUGCUGAGGUGUACCGGGGGGCCUGGUGGUACGACAACUGUCACUCGUCCAACCUGAAUGGCCAAUACCUCCCCAAUCAGAGCUCCCAGAACAGUGUCACCUGGAGUUCUGGGAAAAACUAUUACAGCUACAUGGUGUCGGAGAUGAAGGUGCGGCCCUACUAGCCCGGGCAGCCGCCCCGGAGCCUCUGCCGUCAGGUCCUUCCACAUGCCAUGGCGGGUGGGAGAGCCUGUCCCCCAGCCCUCAUCAGGAAGGGACCUGGAGCUCUGGGUCACUAUCCUCAGCGAAUGGAGGGGCUUCCUCCAGGCCCCUCGGCAGGGCGCCUCUCAGUUUUGUGGCUUUGACCAUCUUCACCCCUUCUCUCCCAUCCGUGACCAUAAGAGUGACUGUCACACCAGGUCUCGUCAGCAACACGUAUUUGCAACAAAGAUAUUUGCUUACUCUAAAGGCAGACACGGGAUGCCAUCAUCGUUUGCAUUGCUCUGAUCCCUGCUUGUGUUCCCAUGUCUGCUCGCCUGUCUGGGCCUCCCCGUGACCUGGCACUGUAGGUGCCCUUUGGGCUGAGGAAGUUUCUGAUGGCCUCAGACAGGAGUCAGCAAGGCAGGGCCACACUGUCCGUGUGCCAAUAAACUUUUAUCGCUUCCCCGUC